AUGUCUAGCGAAACGACUAACAAGAACUUCUCCAAUUUGGAAACACCUGGUUAUGUAGGGUUUGCCAACCUUCCCAACCAAGUGCACCGGAAGUCCGUGAAGAAGGGCUUUGAGUUCACUCUGAUGGUAGUCGGUGAGAGUGGACUGGGCAAGUCCACUCUAGUCAACUCUCUGUUUCUAACUGAUCUAUACCCUGAACGUGUUAUCCCGGACGCUAUUGAAAAGACGAAUCAGACAGUGAAGCUGGAUGCUUCGACGGUGGAGAUUGAGGAACGAGGAGUGAAACUACGCCUCACCGUAGUUGAUACUCCUGGAUACGGCGACGCUAUUGAUAACACAGAUUGUUUCCGAUCGAUAAUUCAAUACAUCGACGAACAAUUUGAACGGUUCCUGCGAGACGAGAGCGGUUUGAAUCGACGUAACAUUGUUGAUAACCGUAUACAUUGCUGCUUCUACUUCAUAUCGCCGUUUGGACAUGGGUUGAAACCCCUCGACAUUGAGUUUAUGAAGCAAUUACACAACAAAGUGAACAUUGUGCCCGUUAUCGCCAAAGCCGACUGUCUCACCAAGAAGGAGGUUCAGAGGUUGAAGACUAGGGUAAUGGAAGAAAUUGAACGCGAGGGCAUCAAGAUCUACCCUCUACCUGACUGUGACAGUGAUGAAGACGAGGAUUAUAAGGAACAGGUACGUCAAUUAAAGGCGGCGGUGCCGUUCGCGGUGUGUGGCGCGGGGCAACAGUUAGAGGUGCGCGGGCGCCGCGUGCGCGGCCGGCUCUAUCCUUGGGGAGUCGUCGAGGUCGAGAACCCUGAACACUGCGAUUUCAUCAAGCUUAGGACUAUGCUUAUCACUCACAUGCAAGACUUGCAGGAGGUGACUCAGGAAGUUCACUACGAGAACUACCGGUCGGAGCGACUCGCCCGCAGCGGACAGGUGCCCAAACGACACACAUCGACUGAGAGCGGAUUGAGCGAGGCAGACUCUAACGGUCUUACAAAUGGUUCCGAAGACCCCAGUGACCGCGAACGUGCACUGCGUGAAAAGGAGGCCGAGCUGCGUCGCAUGCAGGAGAUGUUGGAACAGAUGCAGCGACAGAUGAACCUGCAGGCUGCCAGCGGCGCCAGUACCACUAGUACCGCAUAG